AUGGCGGGGUCGGGGAGCGGGUGUGUAGCUAUAAUCAACAAUUCUUUAGCUAAUAAAACUGUAUUCCAUGUUAAGUGUACUGAAUCGGCCUACAAAGAAAUACAAGCGCACUUAAGAGAUCGGAAACACUCGUCGUCCACAGCGAGCAUCUCCUUCAAUAAAGGAACCGGGAGCCUAGUGAUACCAGGAAGCAGCGCUAGUGACGUGAAGCACCAGUUCACAUUCUCAACACAGUCACAACGAGACCGACACUCUGAGAUAAAAGCUGUCACCCGCACCCCAAGCGGCAGCCUGCUGUGUCUCGGCACCAUCGAGAGCACGCUUAGAGUUCACGCUAACGCUGACUCCUUCAACAAUGUCAAGGAUAAACUCAACUCUGUUAAAGCGCACAAUGAACAAAACUGCAUCAAGGUGGUGGGACGGGACAACGGCUCAGUCCAGCGUCGUGGUGGCGGUGGCGGGUACGGUGGUGCUGGCGGUGGUGGUGCCAAGAACCAGCACAACGGCGGUGCUGAGAUGAUGUACCGCAAGAACACCGACCUCUCUUCCUACUCCCUCACUGAUCGCGCCAUCCACAUCCUCGCCCUCAGCAACUGGGACAAACUCAAGCUUAUCCAGCGCAUCAAUCAGGAGGGCGUUACAAAGGGUGAUGGGUGUCGCGUGGGGCCCGCUUGUCUACAAGUGAGCACGGUGGUGGGGCGCAAUAUGUUGGCCUUACAUCGCUCCUAUUGGCCUCAAGUGCGCGAAGAUUGGCCUUUCUACACCGACGAGGAACGAGUCACGGUCAAAGCUAACAAGCUCAAAAUCCAGCGACUCGAGGAGGAUGAGAACAGUAGAAGUCCCAACGAUUAUUCCCCAAAUGGUGGGAGUUCGUCAAGGGGAGUGAAAAGGGCUGCUCUUGCGGUCGUUGAUCCCACAGCUAAAAGAUCCCGUGUCGGGGGAAGCUCCCGCGCUAUCUAUAGUGGCACCGCCCCCGCUCAUUCCUCCAUGAGUUACUCUAGUCAGGCGUACGCUCCUUAUUCCUCCUCGACCAGCGGAAUAGCCAAUAACAACCAUAACAACCAGUCUUCUAUAGGUAAACUAGGCGGCUCUGUUAAGAAUAGUUCUAGUGCAGCGCUCAGUCAUAACGGCGCUCUGAGCAAUGGUCAGCAGUUUAGUGGUAGUAACGAUAGUCAAGAACCUCAUCGUAAUAGUAACUUCAGCUCCAGUAAUAACAUAGCAUCAAAAAUGAACGGUACGUCACUCCUGAAGGCGAGUCCGGGGUCCAGAAGUGCUUCAGUUUCCCCUCUGGGUGCUUCACCUGUCAAUGGGAACCAAGCUUCCCCUGUACACCCAUCACACUUGUCACCCAAAGUCUCGGCUAGUUUCACCCAUGAAACUAACGGCAAGCUUGUGAACGGGAAACGGCAGUCUCCGCCUAAUGGUCUUCUGAACAACACAAACAAUGUCACUAACAAUGGUUACAGCAACAAUAACAACAGUCACGGCACUAACAACUUCAGUCACAAUAACGCUAAUUACAACAGCAACAGCAGAGGCAUGAACAACAACUAUACCAACGAAUCCACACACAACAACACCAGUGGCAUCAGUCCGCCACAACGCCACCAACGCAGCCUGGGUGUUGGUGUAGCCGGUCACAAGAACCCUCCCUCUUGGAACUCCAACUCUACCUCGUGGAACUCCAACUCUACCGUCCACAUGAACGGCCACCGCAACUCAGUUGCAGUGAACGGUUCUUCGCCGCCCGCUGAUGCCGUGCCAAGCAUAGACUGCGAAGCUAUCAGACCUUCCAGGAACGAAAUUUACAAGCCCCAAGGACCUCAGCCCCCUGGUGGCGACCGCUGGAACACUUCCAAAAGUCCUAACAACCCCAAAAAUCACCAUGAACAAGGAAAAAGUUACUCUCAAGUUGCGAAAAGUUACCCGGAAAGCGGUAAGAAUUAUGAAGUUCCAAAAAGAAACAACGAAGCUGGGAGAAGUCGCCGCGAAGUGGAGGAAAGUUACCCUGAAGCGGAGAAGAGUUACCCUGAAGGAGGGAACGUUUACCCUGAAGGAGGGAACGUUUACCCUGAUUCAGGGAAGUCCGAAGCUCGUAAUCCUACCAUGGAGCAGAUAUUGAAGCAUGAGAAGAAUGAGGAUGACAUCCAACAGGAAAUAAACCGAGUCACUCAGAAGUACAGUGCCAGCGUACGGAGCGUGGAGCAGAGAAGAGAGUACAGUCGAGACUUCGGCGAGUUCUACACCGAGUACAAGAGUUUGUACAAACUACUUAAGCCCACCAACAAUAAACUUACUGAACUCAAGUCUCAACUUGACCAGGCAGUGCCUGGCUCUAGUGAAUACAAGAAAGUGCGGACGCAGAUGGAAGAAGAGUACCGCAAAGUUCCCAACGAGUUCUUCGAGAUGCGCGCGCGGUUCCUGGUUCUAGAAGGCAUCCUUACUUUCAUCAAAGCCAAAGUGUCCGCUUACGACGCCAGCUUCACGAAUCCUUCCCACUCUACUGACCAUCGUUCGUCCUCCCACUCUACUACUGACCAUCGUUCGUCCUCCCACUCUACUGACCAUCGUUCGUCCUCCCACUCAGCCGACCAUCGCGCCACGUCAGAAAACGUCCAUAUGGACGACACGCGUCGUCCUUCCCCUCCACAAACUUCCAGCCAUGUCGUCUCGAAAAACCGUCCCGUGGAGACCCAUGUCAAUGGUGUUUGUGGUGUUGACGAUGGUGGUGUGGUGGUGAAGAGUGGUGCAGGUGGUGAUGAACGACACCAAAGGUAUUCUCCUUACGAACAGCGUUCAUCAUUAUCCUCAGCACCAUCGUCAUUACCAGCAUCACGCAACGUUCACCAGCAUCGUAGUCAGCAUGGUCAUGUAGCACCGGCAAUGCGGUAGCAUAUCUCGACAGGCUCUCAUCGGAAAGCCUCGUUCUCUAUUGACUCUCUAUUAAAUCUUAAUUGAGAGCAUCGCCAUCUUGCCUUCUUUAGAAUACUCUUAAGCUUCUUCUUGUUUGUUUGAGUGAUGUCUGCGUUGUUCUUUUUCUUCUCGUCCGUUUGUAUACACUGUCGUCUUGAGGCUCGUUUCAUUUCAAAAAAUUAUUUAUUUCAUCUUGUCACUUGAAUAAAUUAGUUUAAGAUGAACGCGCGUUAACUUCUGCUCUUUUUUUAGCAAUGCGAGUUAAGGAUUGGACAUUUUUUCAUGACUCGUGUAUGGAAAAGCUUGAUUAUAUGUGUUGAACCUGGUAAUUACUUAAUAUUUUUGUAAGAACAAGAUGAUGAUGCUGCUCAGAUCUGCAUGAAACAUGAAAAUAAUUACUGAAUUAGUUGAGUUAGUUGAUAAUUGACUGAAGUCUACCAGUGAACUUGUUUGAAUCCUGACUGGAAAAAGAAUAGGUUUUCAGUCUCGACUCAUGUGCACAAUAAUUAGGGAUAAUAAAACACAAGCUAAACCGAAAACUGAACCGAGCUAAACAUUGACUGUGAUCAGAGUGAAGAGAGGCCAACUGAUAACCUGUAAUCUUCCGUGGCAUAAUCCUUGGUAUUCCUACGUAUAUUUAUAUCAGCUCGUGCUGGUGACCUGAACUUAGCUCGCCUCUCUCCUUCUCGGUUGCCAUUACCCCAGGCUUGUGAUAUUUGGUAUUUUGUUGCGGAUGCAAACAAGAUUAUUAUAGAUGCUAAGGAACUACGAGCUCGACCUAAACCAAGAGUGUACGUCCUUCUUAGUCUUGAAUUCACAGUAACUUUAGCUACUGCUUCUAACUUUUGCUAAUUCAUUUGUUUCAGUAGGACUGAAAUAUGUUAACUUCAGAUUGCGGUUACGACGUUUGUAUGGCUUCCUUGUUGCGUCACGUUAUUGGUGUUCGAUUCUGUCUUGAAGAAGGUCGUAAAUAUUCAUUAAUGUACGAAUGCUUCACUUGUUAUACAUAAAAGCAACAUAACAACAGGAGCCGUAAGAUCUGGCAGUCCAUGUAUUUAUUAACUUCAAUUUCACAAUAACGAGGGUUCCUAAAAUCGGUAACGUUAUUUUAUGUUCACGUCUCACACUCGAUAUUUCAUACCUAAUGAACUAUUAAUUCCAAGCUUGUCACUUGCAUUGAAGUACACAUGUGCAUUUUUGAGGUAAAAUUCGUUCAACGUCUCCUGUAAAAACCGUAAUAUGACCGUUUAUGAUAGACGUUUUAAAAAUUUGAACUGACCAUAAUAUUUUCGCGAAGAAUAGAAAGCGUGCAACGUUGGCUCUACAGAUAAAGACUGUUGAGGUUGUAAUGAAGGUUAUAUGUUGUAUGCCUGUAGUACUUCAAUUUUGGGAGAGACCAUAAACUAUUGUUGCGGUUACAAAUUUUUUUUCGCGGUAAUCGGCUUGCGUCAAUUUACUUUGGCUCAACGUUCGCAGUGAUUUUUCAGCUCAUUUCUGCUCAUUAGGUUAAUUUUGGAGCCAUAAUUGCACCUUAUCUUUCUCUACGAUGAAUACGAUAAUCUUGGGUGUAAUUCUUCAACACUGAUAACCUCUUCUUGAUUACUAAGAACGAUUAAUUUAACAAAUUAGCUAGACUAUCCACUAUCUAUUCGCCAAAACUGCAAAUUACUUAAAUUUUCUGCAGUCGUGUCUCAAUUUCACAAAACGUUUUGCUCACUCAACAUUUACUCUAACCUACAUUGCUUCUCUCACUCCCUACUCUUACUAUUGUUCUUAUGAUUAUUGGCUAACGUUCAUUAAAUUGUUCUUGGUUGUUAAGGUUAAUUGAAUUGUUACGUUAAUUGACUCGUGAUAAUUAAGACAAGAGGCUGAUUUAUUGUUGACUAUAAGUCAACUGUUCGAUGCUCAAGUCUGUUCGCAUGCUCAUGUUCACUGGCGUUACGUUGUUAUAGGAAUACGUAAAAUUUGUAGUAUGUUACAUUCCUUUAAGAGCUCGCUUGGAUCAUUAUUGUUGUAGGUGUACGUUACUUUUGUGUCUUCACUUCACUUAUUAAUCGGAAAUGAAUUCUUUAAUGGAUAAUUUUAAAUUAUCGUUGCUGAUUCCAUCCCGUAUGUGGAACGGGGUUGCGGUAAAAUAUACGGCAACUUUCCAACUACGUAAUUUGUCGAUUUAUAUUUGUAAUAUUUCUUUAAACUUCAGUUUGUAUGAAAUUCAGUGUAUUAUCUGCAUCCUUGAGCUAUACAUUUCCUGAAAACGAAGGUUUCUUUUUUGCUUACUGAUUUUCAAAUAACUGAACUUGCGCAUUAUUUUGAAAUUAGUUUGCAAAACGAGUACUAUUUUCCAAACUUAACUAGCUUCAAUCAAAGUUAAAUGUAGCAACAUAAUUAGCGUUCAAUUAAAAAUAUUGUUUUCUUUUCAACUCUCAACUUGAAUUUGUAAGGAAACUAUUUUAAGUCAUCCAACUUUCCCAAAGUUGGGACAAGUUUUUUGUGAUUGCCUCAACUUGCCUAAGUUGCUGCUCGACUCCAGCUCACGUGUCCAUUCCCCUGCUCAAACUUAAUGAAUAAUUUUAGGAAGGAAGAAUGUAAUUGAUUGAGUUUCAUGUAGCCUAGAUCACGAACAUUGUUUUGUUAUCGUUGCCUCAUUUGCUGAUUUGGGCCCAUACAUUCAAAAAAAGUUAAGAGAUCGUAAGUUCAUCAGCCA